CGCGCGCGCGCGCCGAGCGGCGAUCGAAUGCGCGCGCGGGCGACGCGGACGCGCGCGUGGACGCCGCGCGCGCGACCGCGAGGCGAUCGACGCGGUCGACGCGCGCCGGGGCGCGGUCCGACGGUCGACGCGCCGAACGGGGUGCCUCUAACCGUCGCGACGUCGACGCGCGACGACGCGCGGCGCGACGACGACGCGGCGACGAGGGCGAGCGACGCGCCGAGCGACGCGGAGACGAUGUCUCGAAACGCGAGCGACGCGCACGCGCGGAUGGCGCGCGAGCGGGCGCGGAUUCGAGCGAAAUUGGAUAAGACGAAGGUGUCGCGGCUGUGGCGGGCGCCGACGGGGGAGACGCUGGAUCGCGUGACGGGGCUGGAGGUGACGGUGAGCGGUGAAGCGCUGCGGCGCGUGAUGCCAGGGAAUGGAUACGUCGAGAAUAGCACGCUCGCGGCGGAGCUGCGGGCGGCGGAGGCCAAGGCGGGGGCGCUGCGGGACGGGUUGCGACGCGCCGAGGCGGAUCUCGCCGAGCUGAGGCGGGCGAGCGCGAACGGAGCGACGACGUGGCCGUUGAGGCAGCCGGCGGUGCAAGCGAGCGAUCCAGACGAGGUUCGACGCGCGGGUGCGCGACGAGGGACGGCGGCGCUGCGGAAGUUGUCUCGCGCGCGGUCGUUGUCUAGUAAGAAGCGAGGAGGUUCGUCGACGGAGACGACGACGGAGACGACGACGGAGACGACGACGUCCACCUCGACCGCAUCGGUGCGCGAGGUGGUGAGCAAGUUCGUGCGCGAUACGCCGAUACCAGAGGGUAUGACCGCGGCGCCGAGUGAUAGCAAAUUGCCGAAACCCAUAUUCGUCGUGAGCGAUUCGACGGGCGCCACGGCGACGCAGGCGGUGCAAGCUGCGCUCGGCCAAUUUGAAAAGUGCAUGGAUAUUUCCUAUCCGACGAAUUUAGAAGUUUUCAGAUUCAUCAACGACAAUAAAGAGCUCGCGACCAUCGUCGCUCAGGCGAAAGAAGACGGGGCGAUGAUCGUGUACACGCUGGCGGAGGUUGAGAUGUCAGAAAGCAUGGCGCGGAUGGCCGCCGCGGCGGGCGUCGACGCCGUCAACGUCUGGGGCACACUUUUGCGUCAAAUGGAGGGGCAUUUGGAGAUGCCUUCGAUGAAUCUACCGAUGAUCAAGCGACCGAUUCGUUCGAGCGGAUCGACGAACUCGAUGUCGAGCGCGAGCGUGUCGGCGGCGUUGUUGUCGAGCGAUUACUACCGUAUGAUCGAAGCCGUGGAAUACACUCGACAGUGCGACGACGGCGCGUCGAGCGCGAAGUGGAAAGAGGCCGAUAUCCUCAUUCUAGGCAUCAGUCGCACCGGAAAAACUCCGCUGAGCAUCUUUCUCGGACAGCGCGGAUACAAAGUCGCGAAUUUACCCUUGGUCCCCGUCAACGGCGAAUUACGAAUCCCGUCCUACAUCGCCGACGUCGAUCCAAACCGCAUCUUCGGCCUCAAAAUCUCCCCCGACGUUCUCCACGCCAUCCGCGCGCACCGCCUCAGGACGAUGGGGGUCACCGAGGCCGAAUCCCAGGCCAGGAGCGACGCCACGGGCGUCUCCAAUCGCGCGGCGUCGCGCCGCUCCUCCUACUCGGACCUCUCCGUGGUUCGCCAAGAGCUCGACCUCGCCGAAGCCUUAUUCCGGCGAAACCCGACGUGGAAAGUCUUGGACGUCACGCACAAGGGAGUUGAAGAGACCGCGGCGCGCAUCAUGGCCGUGAUGACCGAGCGUUUCGGCCGCGCCCACGUUCUCUCGCGCUUCUCCGCGUGAGCGUCUCGAUCCUUCCCCGCGCCGUGCGCACACAGCCCGCACGCACGCACAUCGAACAAAUAAUCCUCACUGUAUGACCAAAUGUCCGAGUUUCUUUAUUUAUCCCGUCACGUCACCGUCAACGCGAC